AUGAUAGGAGGCAUUUUUCCUAUUUUCAACAAACAGGAGAAUGUCUUUGCUUCAUUUGAGAUAGAACCACCUAAGGCUGACUGUAAGGGAUUUGACCUGCGAGCUUUUCGAUGGACAAGGACCAUGAUGUUUGCAAUAGAUGAAAUAAACAGUGAUGGUCGUUUGCUUCCCAACAUCUCUCUGGGAUAUAAAAUUCUGGAUUCUUGUGCUUCUCCUUCUAAUGUUUUGCGAGCUGCCCUCACCCUGGUGAGCGAGUCAGAGGAAAAACAAUCUUUCUCUCAGUGUCGUCCACCUCCCAUUGCAGCUCUUGUAGCCGAAUCAGGAUCUACCCAGUCUUUAGCUGUGGCUGGGGCACUUGGGCCAUUCAGAGUGCCAGUAAGUUAUUUUUCAACUUGUGCAUGUUUAAGUGACAAAAGCAAAUAUCCCACAUUUUUUCGCACAAUACCAAGCGACUACCACCAGGCAAAGGCUUUAGCUUUCCUGGUCAAACGAUAUGGAUGGACGUGGAUUGGAGCUCUGCAAUCUGAUAAUGAUUAUGGUCGAAAUGGGAUUUCAGCCUUCACAAAAGAAGUGGAACAACAUGGGGUUUGUAUUGCGUUUGUUGGCACAAUUUUGCGGACGUACCCCCAAAGUAAAAUCCUUGAAGUUGUUGAAAUGAUAAAACAAUCAACAGUGAAAGUGAUUCUAGCAUUUGUACCCGAAGGAGAUCUCUAUCCUUUAAUGAAAGAAGUGGUAAAUCAGAACAUCACAGGAAUACAGUGGAUUGCAAGUGAAGCCUGGGUAACCGCUGACAGACCAUCCACUCCAGAGAUGUUCAAAUAUUUUGGAGGGACAAUUGGAUUUGUGGUCCGAAAGAUGGCCAUGCCCAAACUGGAACCUGUUCUCAAAGACAUCAGCCCUUACCAUGAUUCACAAUCCAGUUUUGUCAGCGACUUCUGGGAAACAAUAGUAAGUGAGCAGUUGAAAAAAGUACAUUUUGUGGAUGCAUUUGGGGAGAAAGUAUUCUUUGACGAGAAUGGAGACCCACCUGCUUCUUAUGAAGUUAUAAACUGGCAGCUGCGGGAAGGGGAGACUCCAAAAGCUGUUUGCUCAGAAAUCUGUCCACAUGGCACAAGGAAAGCACAAAUCAAAGGACUGCCUGUAUGCUGCUUUGACUGCAUUCCAUGUGCUGAUGGUACUAUAUCUAAUACAACAGCAGAUUGUAUCACUUGCCCUGAAGAGUUCUGGUCUAAUGACAGAAAAGACAGCUGCAUUAUGAAAGUCACUGAGUUCCUGUCUUACACCGAAACAAUGGGGAUUGUCCUGAUAGCUGUGUCACUAUUUGGUGCAUGUUUAACUUUUUCAACAAUGGUGGUGUUCAUAUGUUUUAGAGAAACGCCAAUAGUAAAAGCUAAUAAUUCAGAACUGAGUUUACUGUUACUUCUCUCUCUAAUCUUCUGCUUCCUCUGUCCUCUCACGUUCAUCGGUGAGCCCACCAUUUGGUCUUGCAUGCUGCGUCACACAGCAUUUGGCAUCACCUUUGCCCUCUGCAUUUCCUGCGUGCUGGGGAAAACGAUAGUUGUUGUGACUGCUUUCAGAGCAACACUGCCUGGUAACAAUGUGGCAGGGAAGUUUGGGCCAGCCCAACAAAGGGGCAUUGUGUACUCAUGCACUGCAGUUCAAAUUGUUAUCUGUAUUCUCUGGUUAAAGAUCACACCACCAUUCCCAGAUAAAGUUUUUGAGCAGCGUAAUAAAAAAAUAAUUUUAGAAUGUAACACAGGCUCUGAUGCUGCAUUUUACUCAGUUCUAGGAUACAUCGGCCUCCUCGCUAUAAUUUGUUUUGCACUGGCCUUUUUAGCCAGGAAGCUACCUGAUAAUUUUAAUGAAGCCAAAUUCAUCACAUUCAGCAUGCUCAUAUUCUGUGCAGUUUGGAUCACCUUCAUCCCAGCCUAUGUCAGCUCCCCUGGGAAGUACACAGUGGCUGUAGAAAUAUUUGCAAUUUUGUCUUCUGCCUUCGGUUUACUGCUGUGUAUUUUUAUGCCAAAGUGUUACAUCAUUCUAUUCAAACCAGAAACAAACACAAAAAAACAUGUAAUGGGGAAAAGUUCAAAACAUACCAUGUGA